AUGGGUUCAUCCCUCAGUUGCUGUGGCUCAGAAAAAGUUGAACAAGUUGAUGGGUUGUCAUUCAAUGGAGGCAGCAGUACUUCAUGGAGAAUAUUUACGUACAAAGAAUUGCAUGCAGCAACCCAUGGCUUCAGUGAAGACAACAAACUUGGAGAAGGUGGAUUCGGCAGUGUCUACUGGGGUAAAACCUCUGAUGGCCUUCAGAUAGCGGUAAAGAAAUUGAAAUCUAUGAAUUCAAAGGCCGAGAUGGAGUUCGCGGUCGAAGUUGAAGUCCUUGGAAGGGUACGACACAAGAAUCUGUUGGGACUUAGAGGUUAUUGUGCCGGGAGUGAACAAAGGCUUAUUGUCUAUGAUUACAUGCCAAAUCUGAGUUUGCUGUCUCAUCUCCAUGGCCAAUUUGCUGCUGAAGUUCAACUUGAUUGGAAAAGGAGGAUGAGAAUUGCACUUGGCUCUGCUGAAGGAUUGCUGUACUUGCAUCAUGAGGUGACUCCACACAUAAUUCACCGAGACAUAAAGGCCAGCAAUGUGCUACUAGACUCAAACUUUGAGCCCCUGGUGGCCGACUUUGGCUUCGCCAAGCUAAUCCCAGAAGGAGUUAGCCACAUGACAACCCGCGUUAAGGGCACCUUGGGAUACUUAGCACCAGAAUACGCUAUGUGGGGGAAGGUGUCAGAAAGCUGUGAUGUGUACAGUUUUGGAAUUCUUCUACUGGAGCUUAUCACAGGAAGGAAACCAAUUGAGAAGCUGCCUGGUGGAAUUAAAAGAACCAUAACAGAAUGGGCUGAGCCCUUAAUUGCCAAAAGCAAGUUCAAGGAUCUUGUGGAUCCAAAACUCCGAGAAAGUUUCGAUGAAAAUCAGUUAAAACAAGCUAUUAAUGUUGCUGCAUUGUGUGUUCAAGGGGAGGCUGACAAGAGGCCUACUAUGAAGGAAGUGGUGAAUUUGCUAAGAGGAACUGACCCCAAAGCUUCAAUGAAGCAAAUGAGGCUCAAAAGUGUCAAGUAUGGGGAUGAUUUGUUGGAUGUUGAUCAAAACACUGAUGAUGAGAAGGAUAAAACUGUCGAUGAAAGUAGUGCCUAUGGUGUCUUUGAUGCCCUGAGCAUGCAGAAGAUGCGGGAUCCCUAUAGGCGAAGGUAA